AAUAUAUAAAUUUACAUUUUUCAACAUUCUUCUUCCAGUCAAUUUCCUACUCAGGAUAUCAAAAAUUAGAUAAACAACAACCUAGUUCACAGAGUCAACACACGAGUCGAGUCGAGUCAGAGGUAUAAAAACAAUUUUUCAUCUUGAAAAAAAAAAAAUCUUAAUAGCCGUUCCCACUAGAUGAGCCAGAACCCAAUGUCAGUAGCACCAACACACAUACAAAUAGGAGGCCGUAAAUCUAAGCUUGCUGUGGUACAGUCAGAAGCAGUGAAAGCUGCUAUUGAAGCCAAGUUUCCCUCGAUUUCAUGCUCAAUAUUAGCUCUUUCUACCCUUGGUGAUAAAGUCCAAUCCCUACCACUUUAUGCUUUUGGCGGUAAGAGUUUAUGGACCAAGGAGUUAGAAGUUUUAUUACUUCAAAGCAUCGAUGAAUACCCUCAACUAGAUAUUAUUGUACAUUCACUUAAGGACAUGCCUACCAAUUUACCCGAAGAGUUUGAGUUAGGAUGUAUUUUCCAUAGAGAAGAUCCUCGGGAUGCAAUCGUCAUGAAGGCAGGAUCUCCCUACAAGCUGUUGGCAGAAUUACCAGACGGUUCUAUUGUCGGUACAUCUUCGAUUAGAAGACUGUCUCAGUUAGUCAAGAAUUAUCCAAAGUUAAAAUUUGAAUCAGUGAGAGGAAACCUUCAAACCAGAUUGGGGAAAUUGGAUGAUCCUGAAAAUGAAUAUUGUUGUCUUAUAUUAGCCAGUGCUGGAUUAGUCAGAGUAGGACUUGGUGACAGAAUAACGGCUAAUUUAGAUGAUAUGUAUUAUGCCGUUGGCCAAGGUGCAUUAGGGGUUGAGAUCAGGAACGGAGAUGAAAAAAUAAAGAAAAUUUUAAAAGAAAUUGAAGAUCCAGUAGCUACUAUUUGUUGUCUUGCUGAAAGAUCAUUAAUGAGAUAUUUGGAAGGUGGAUGUUCAAUUCCUUUGGGAGUCAAGAGUGAAUAUAACGAAGAAACUAGAGAAUUAAACUUAAAAGCUAUAGUUGUCAGUCCAGACGGCAGUGAAUAUGUUGAAGCUGAAGCUACAAAGAAAAUUAACAGUGCCGAGGAUUGUGAAGAACUCGGUAUCGAAUUGGGAAACUUGUUGAAGAAACAAGGUGGAAAGGACAUUUUGGAAAGAAUUGACUUGACAAGAAAUAUUAAUGUUCGUCCAACUGAAGUUUAAUAGUUCUAAUGACGUAAUUUUUCAUAUUCUGCUUUUAGACCAUGUACAUAGCUCGAGCAUACAAAAUUUAAUGAAAUUUACUCUGUAUGGCAUUACAAUAGUAUUAUGUUAUGUUGUAGUAAAUAUGUCAAAAUAAGUCCGAAUCAGAUGAAUAGUUUUAUAGUAGAAUGUACUAGCGGUAGUCCCAAUGCUAAUAAUCGUGAUAUAUGAGUCUUAACAGCAUGUGGUGACUAUUCCAGUCGUAAAAAUUGAACGAAAGUCUUAUUUUGGUUUUUUUUACCGAAUUUUAAAAAGCUAAAAGUGAAUCAACCUAAAAGGUUACGGCUAUAUUAUUGACCCCGCAUUGAUUGUAGAGUUUUGCUUGAGUUGUAACAAUCAAG